GGAUGUAUGUAUUGCUUAAAAGUUCACUAAACAUGAUUGCAAAAAGUACUUCAUUUUCACUCAAAGUGUCUGUUUUCUCCACUGUAAAAUAAACAUGCCAACACUGCUCAGUUUUCAACCCCCCCCCCCAUGGGCUUGCUUGCAUUUGUAUCUAUAACAUAUAUCUAUACAUUUAACAGGAUCAAGAAGACAAACAAGUAUGGCAUGUUUCGAGAGGGCGUCGCCAGCACUGAAGCAGAUUCUGCUCCAACUCUAUCGCGCUGAUAAGCCUUUGGCAAUCGAACACCAUUUGCAUGAAUUCGGAUCUUUGCAAUACCACAUUCAGUCGUAUGCUUCAGAACCACAUCAUGCCUACCUGUCUAUCUCAACCCCUCUUCUAUCCACGGGAUCCUCAAUCUCAACCGGACUUCCUCAUUACACCAUCGAGACCGUGAAGAGAAUUUCUCAAGAAGUUGUCGAGAUAGUUGAACCAGCAAGAUUAGGAUAUCAGCUAACUCUAAAGCUCAACUUUGCUAAAAUUCCACGGAAGAAAGAUGCAGUAAAAAUAAUAACAGAGAUUUCAUCGGUGCAAGCUGUAAUUCUGAGCUCUCAGCUAAGAGAAAUAUUGAGGAACGUUAACACUCAGGAGAUAUCUCAGGGGAAUUACAAACCAAUUAAACUUGUCUAUCAUCCUAGGGAGCCUUUCUAUGUUGUUAAACAGCCAGCAAAGCUGACUGCAGUUUUCCCAAUUCGCUUUAAAGAGGAUUCAGAGGUGGUUAUCGCAAAGGCCUUCUUUCAGGAGCUUGUGGAUGUUGGAAGCUCAGGAGCGUGUGCUAGGGCACCUCCUUGCUACUGGUCGCCUAUUCCACCUCCCGAGUUAAGAGGAGAAUCUAUGGAAGAUUUGAGCACUAAUGGAGGGUUUGUCUCAUUUGAAAUAUCCCCGCGACACGUUGAAGGCAAGAAACUAGACAAGACCGUAUGGAACCUGCUCAACUUCAAUGCAUUAGUAAAAUAUCAUGUAAAGUGCACCAAAGGCUUUGUGCAACGAAGGAUGAGAAGCCGUUUGGAAAGCUUGGUUGAGGCCCUGCAGCAACCAUUCAUGGAAGAAGAUCACCAAAUCAAGAAAGUCAAAGGACGUAGAGGCGUAAAGAAACUGUUAAAAUUUACAAGAUGUACCAUACUCCUGAGAAGAUGGAACUUGGCAAAAAAGAUGAAGAUGAUUCGUUCCAGAAUAAGAAUCCACGGAUUCGGUAAGUUUCAAAAACGGUGGUUGACACUUCCGAGUUUCGCGUCUGUAAAGAGCUAUCAGAAGUUGGACAAAUCUUGUUCUUUUCGUUCAUCUUAGAGAAACAAAAUGUCUGAUUGCAGCAACAUUUGUAAGCAUAAUGAUAUCAAGAAGACAAGAACUAAUACAUCAAACAGCACUCUUAUAAGAAUCAAAUUAAUAAGACAACUUCCCUAUUCAGCUUAAGGGGCUGUGCAAAUUUCUCAACAAUAACUAUUGUGGAACCCCAUAUUAAUCUCCAUAAGAGCCAUUGAGGAGAAAAUUAGGGUUUCAACAUAUAUCGAGUAGAAUUGAUCCAAUUCGAUUUGAGAAUCCAAAAUCCCCCCUCCACAGGCUCAAAUUGUCCCCAAAUGUCAAGCAGAUAAUCUCCAAAAGAGUAAUCUGAAUAGGGUUUCACAUGGUAUCAACACUUGGGGACAAUCUGUACUCAUCUAGACUCUGUUAGAGUAAUGUAAUGGGUUCCUCGUGUUCUGAUAACUAUGAAUAUACAUGAUCUAAGUGGUUCUCGAGAAAAUUGAAUCUGAUACUCGUUUAGUGAGCAAAUUUCUCACAGAUAUAUUGAA